AUGGCCCGCCUGCUGGGCACCCUGCGCAGCUCCCAGCCCGUGGCGCGUUUCCAGCGCUCCUGCGGGCUCUUCCCCGCCGCCGAGGAGCGCGGCGGCAGCGGUGACCCCGCGGAGGGGCCCCGGGAGCGCGGUGCCUGCAAUGGAGCGGGCGCGCUGCGCUGCCCGGCCGGCUCCGGCCGCGCUGCCCCCGGCCCGCAGGAUUGCACACAGAAGUAUAUUGUGAAGAACUACUUCUACUACUACUUGUUCAAGUUUUCAGCUGCUUUGGGUGAAGAGAUUUUUUAUAUCACUUUCCUUCCAUUUACCUACUGGAAUAUAGAUCACUCUGUGUCUAGAAGAAUGAUAAUUGUCUGGUCUAUAGUGAUGUACAUAGGCCAGGUCUCCAAGGACAUCCUGAAGUGGCCUCGGCCCCUGUCACCUCCUGUCGUGAAGCUGGAGAUGAGGACGAAUGCAGAGUAUGGGAUGCCUUCCACCCACGCCAUGGCAGCUACAGCCAUCUCCUUCUCCUUUUUCAUCGCAACCAUGAACCAGUACAAGUACCCAUUCGAGCUCGGCCUGGCGGCAGCGUUUGUGUUUUCCACGUUGGUGUGUCUGAGCAGGCUCUACACAGGGAUGCACACAGUCCUGGAUGUGAUCGGAGGAGCGCUGAUCUCGGCCGUGCUGCUCGUGCUCUUGUAUCCUGUGUGGGACACCAUAGAUCACUUGCUGUUAACCAGCCCCUUCUGCCCCCUGCUUUCCAUAGUCGUGCCUCUUGUCUUAUGUUACAACUACCCCAAACUAGACUAUUACAGCCCCACCAGGGGAGACACCACUACCAUCUUAGGAGCAGCAGCUGGAGCGACUGUGGGAUUUUGGUUAAACAACCAGUACGCUGCUUCAGCCUACCCCAGCAGAGGAGUUCAGCCUGGCUUCCCUCUGACCACCAGCACAGCGGUGUUUGUGCUGGCCAGGUUCCUCACAGGGAUCUCAGUUGUGCUGCUGGCACGCUGGGCCAUGAAGAGCCUGGUCCUUGGCAUGCUGGGCUAUCGGUACCGGUUCCCCAUGCGGGACCUGGCAGCCCGCCGGCGCCUGGAGGUGGAGGUGCCCUAUAAGUUUGUGACCUACUCCUGCGUUGGCUUCACGGCCACCGUGAUCGUGCCACGGCUGCACGAGCUGCUGGGACUGAUGUGAGCACAGCUCUGCUCACCACUGCUGCAGAGACACCAUCAUCCAGGCUGGGGGCUCACCACAAAGGGGUUUGUGCCUUUCUGCACUGCUGUGCUGGCUUGGGCUCUGGCUGGAUGCCAGGUGCUCACCAAAGCUGCUCCACACUCCUCUCUCUUCAGGGAGAAAAAUUACAAUGAGAGGAUCAUGGCUCGAGACAAGGGCAGGGAGAGAUCACUCAGCAGUUUUACUGUCACAGGCAAAACAGACUUGACUUGGGGAAAUAAGUUUAAUUUAUUACCAAACUAAUCAGAGCAGGAUAACAAGAAAUAAAACCAAACAUUACAACCACCUUCCACCUACCCCUCCCUUCUUUCUAGGCUCAACUUCCCUCCUGAAAUCUUUAUCUCCUGCUGCCCACCAUCACAGGGGGAUGGGAAUAGAGGUUACAGUCAGUUCAUCACCUGCUGCUGCUCCUUCCUCCUUAGGGGUAGGACCCCUCACACUCCUCCCCUGCUCCAGCAUGGGCUCCCUCCCACAGAAGACAGCUCUCCAAAAGCUUCUCCAAUGUGAAUUUUUCCAUGGGGUGAGCUUCUUCAUCCAGCAUGGGUCUCCUGAGGGAUCAAAAGCCCUGCCAGGAGCCUGUUUCAGCCUGGUUGUCAAGCCCUUCUUAGGACCCCUGCUUCAGCAUGGGGUUCUCCAGCGGCUGCAGAUGGAUCUCUGCUCCUCAUGGACCUCCAUGGGCUGCAGGGGCACAGCUGCCUCACUCAGGGGAGUCUCUGCUCUGGCACCCAGAGCAUCUCUUCCUUUCUCCUAUGAUCUUGGUGUCUGCAGAGUUGUUUCUCUCCCACAUCUCCACUCCUCUGUCUGCCUCAGUUGUGCAGGUUUUUCCUCUCUUAAUUCUGUUUUCCCAGAAAUUCUGCUACUGUCACUGAUGGGCUCAGCCUUGGCCAGCAGUGGAUCUGUCUGGAAGCCAGCUGGCAUUAGUUCUGCUGGACACAGGGGAAGCUUUUGGCACCUUCUGAGAGAAGUCACCCUUAUAGCCACCCCCUGCCACUACCAUGCCCUUGCCACACAAAGCAAUGGCCUAAAAUAUCUGACCUGGAGAAGUCACAGGAAUUGCUGUGCACAGGUAACUUUGGGUUAGAAAUCACUGACCUCACUGUGUCCCUUAAUCAGACACCCUUUGCCCAGGCAGCUAAAUAUGACAAGCACACAGCCCAAAUCCCUGCCAGAGCAGCAGAAAUGGUUGUUUUGCUGUGGGGUUUGGGUUCCUGGGGAGCAGGGCUGUGCCUCUGCCUGGCUCCUGAAGCAGCAGAGCAAGCCAAGGUAAGGCUCAGGUUUGGGGCACGGGGAAGAAGUGGGGUGGGGAGAGAAGUGACCAGGCAAGAACAAAGUGCCAUCAUUGGGAGAGCUCAUAGUGUCUUCUGAUGGCACUGCCAGACCAGGCUAAUUCUGUGUGGAUGGUUUUAUUCAUUAUUGUAAUCUAAAAAAAAAGCCCAAACCCAAAAUGUAAAAAAGAAGGAAAACCUAACACAAAAUGUUGAAUGUGAUUUGCAACAGAGCCUCCACUGAAAGAUCCUCUGCCUACAAACAACUGAGCAGUUAUUAUCACAGCACUGAGGCCUGAGUUCAAACUGUUUAACUCCAAUUUAGUUCUCCUGCCUUGGGGAAAGGAAAACCCCUUCCUGUCAUGCAGAGCUGACAAGGAGAGUCCAUAAACCACGCUGUGGAAGGAACUGAGUAGUGACUCUGGUGACUACAGCGUGUGACAAUGACAAGAUGCCAUCAUUUUCUGCUGCUGCUGCACAUCACAGUUGUCCUUCCAUCCAUCCUGUAACACUGUGUGUACACCUGUAGAAUAGCAGGGAGGUGUGUCCAUAGGAAGGGCAUCCCUAUAACUCAUGCUGCUUAUUUAAAACAAUGUAUUUCAGCUGUUGGACCAAUGAGCUGUUGAGAAAUACAGCAGUGAAUGUGGUCUGCUUGGCUAGGAAAAUGUACUGGAAAAUGUACUGGAAAAUGUAUUGCUGCAGAGCUUCAAGCAUGGCCCCUGUGCCUUGCCUGGCAGAAUGCACAGUGAGACCCAGCUUUCUAACCAUGCCCACUUGUCUUCCUGGCUGUGAGAAAAAUGACCCCGAGGAAUGGAAAGGAGGUGCUUUGCCAUCCAUUGGCUGCCUGGAUAAACAUAAUAAAUUCCAAAUCUGUAGCUGGGAGUUCUGUCUGAGGAGUGUGAGGCAUGCACAUCAAAGAGCUAUGCCUCUCUAAACCCAAGUUGCAAAUCUCCAGAAGAAAUGCAGGCAGAAAUUUUAACCAUUUUUAGAUUUGCUCAGGCUGUGGAUAAACUAUUUUAUGUCAGUGUGGACUUUAUAGGUGCAUGCAAACAGCUCCAGUGAUCCUUUCAGCAGGGCACAUGGCCACUCACACCUGCCCCUGGGUGAGUGCUGGCCACCACAGCCAUGGGCUCCAUCCUCAGCCCCUCUCCCUCCCACACACCACUGAAGUGCUGCCAUCAGGUUGGAAAGACCUUUAAACCCCUUGUAUUAACAGUGCUGCAUGACACACAGGCAAGUGUGUCAAGAUGAGCAUUUAAGCAGGAGAUUGGAAUUACUCCCAAGAAAGGUUCAGUUUGACAGGGACAUCCAUGCAGCUUUAUGUGUAAAAUUUUGUUCUGAUUCGCAGCUAUUUUAUGCUAUCAAGAUUUUAUAAAUUAUAUAUAAAUGCUGAACAGGUAUUUUUAUAGUAUUCACCUGCAUGUGAUUCAUGCAAUACAUGCAAACUCUAUUUGGUUCCAAUUUUAAAAUAAACCUAUUUUGCAGA